GCGCCAGCUCUGUGUUUUUGUAUGAAAUUUCGAUAUCUCCUAAGUUUGAAACUCGAUUUCUCCACAAUGUGAUCUUUCAUUGGAAUCUGGAGAAACGCCUACAAAUAAUAAGUCAUAAACUUUCUUAGAAAAAUAACAAAGAUGUAAAUUUCUACUGACAGCCCUGGGAGUGAAAAACUUUUACAUGUUUGAGAACAGACGUUAUCUUCAUGAUGUCUACAAUUUCGAAUAUGAUGUCCAAUCAGACGCCAACUUCCUCCGAUGCCUGUCUGAGUAUUGUACACAGCCUCAUGUGUCAUCGGCAGGGUGGAGAAAGUGAAACUUUCGCCAAAAGAGCUAUAGAAAGUUUAGUGAAAAAAUUAAAAGAGAAGAGAGAUGAACUGGAUAGUUUAAUAACAGCUAUCACCACAAACGGAGCACAUCCGUCAAAAUGUGUGACGAUCCAGCGUACUCUUGAUGGAAGACUUCAGGUUGCGGGAAGGAAGGGCUUUCCCCAUGUAAUAUACGCCAGGAUUUGGCGGUGGCCCGAUCUCCAUAAAAAUGAGCUGAAGCAAGCCAAAUACUGCAAUUUUGCAUUUGAUCUGAAACAAGACAGUGUUUGUGUGAAUCCUUACCAUUAUGAACGGGUGGUUUCACCAGGUAUAGAUUUAUCUGGCUUGACCUUACAGCAUUCAGUAGGAGCUAGAGCUGGUCCCCCAGGAAGGUUGAUUAAGGAUGAAUAUGUCCAUUCAGCUGCUCCCCCCACUGUGUGUAAUAUAGAUGGCUCCACCUCAGGGUCCCAGCCCCCCACCCCACAGGGACCCCACACCCCCACUGAUGCGAGCAUGCAAUAUGUUGGUCGUCCAAUGUUAACAGGUGCUACAGACCCACAACCUCAUGCUACCGUGCAACACACUCAGUCCAAAAUGACAGGACCCCUCCCAAGUCCUGCACAACAAACACAAAACUUUCAACAUCACCCAUUAUCUCCAGCUGGGCAUCCAGUUUCCCCAGGGUCCCAAUUGAUGUCCCCCGGAGGUCCUUUAUCUCCCCUCUCCCCCCAACAACAACCCCCUACCCCACAAUCUCAACAGCAGAAUCUUCAGGUCAUGCCUAUGAGCAUUGAUUCAACGGUUCGACGCCACAGUUCCAGCAUUAUGAGUCACCCAUUAUCUCCACCACAAAUGGAGAAUACAAACUUUGCCCCACAAAUGAGCACAACAUCACAACAACAAGCUGCCCAGGCUUCUGUAUCAGUUGCAUUCUCGAGAGCGGGGACAAGUGUGAGUGGCCAGAGUGCCCAAAGUACUCCACAAUGGAAUGGUACCAAACCAGCAACUUACACACAUACAGUGCAACAAGAUGGAAAUCAGUAUUGGAAUCAACAGACGAACAACCAGAGCCAAUCAGAGCCUAGCUCUCAGCCACUUUCGAACCAGCCACCCCCAGAGUUCUGGUGUACAAUUGCAUACUUUGAACUUGAUCAACAAGUUGGUGAAACAUUUAAAGUGCCAUCUUCAUGUCCCAGUGUGACCUGUGAUGGCUACACAGACCCAUCCAGUAUAGACCGGUUCUGUCUGGGUCAGCUCUCCAAUGUACACCGCACAGAGUCUAGUGAUAGGGCCAGAUUGCACAUAGGCAAAGGUGUACAGUUAGACUGUCGAGGAGAAGGAGAUGUGUGGAUAAGAUGCCUGAGUGACCACAGUGUAUUUGUACAGAGCUACUAUCUGGACAGAGAGGCAGGAAGAGCACCUGGUGAUGCAGUACACAAAAUAUACCCAAGCGCAUAUAUAAAGGUGUUUGAUUUGAGGCAGUGUCACAGCCAGAUGCAGCAACAAGCAGCCACAGCCCAAGCAGCUGCAGCCGCACAAGCUGCAGCUGUAGCAGGCAAUGUCCCAGGCCCAGCAUCUGUGGGUGGCAUAGCACCAGCUGUAGGUCUCUCUGCAGCUGCUGGUAUUGGAGUUGAUGAUUUACGACGACUUUGUAUUCUCAGACUUAGUUUUGUGAAAGGCUGGGGGCCUGAUUACCCACGUCACAGCAUUAAAGAGACACCUUGUUGGAUAGAAGUGCAUCUCCACAGGCCUUUACAGCUUCUUGAUGAAGUUCUCCAGGCUAUGCCCCUUAAUGAACACCCACGUCCAGGGCGACCAUAUAUGCUUCCUUGAAACACCAAGCUUAGUUAAUUGCCAUAUAAGGAAAAAUUCAGGAAGUUUACGGUUCAGGUUGAUACAGCAGGUGCUAGAGUUUAUUAUGGGUACUGCAUGCAUAUAAUCCAUGAUUCAUAUAUGCUGUACCCCUUGCAAGUAUUUUGUAUAUUUUAUUGUUGAUCAAUCGUAAAGGUGUGUCUAUUGAUGAGUCUUUUUCGUUCUUAUUGUGACUCUUAAAUUAAGUGCAAACAAUUUCAUUGAAUAUUCUGAAACACUGGACUCAAGGACAGAUUAUAGAUGGCAUAAUAUGGCUUGACAUAUAACUUCAAAAAUCUCCAUGAUAAACUGUAUUUUUAAAUACUUUAAGACACCAAAGUAUUAAGAUAUCAAAAUCCUCUUUCAUAUAGAACAGUGAUAUGAGAAAAUUGUAGUUUGAUAGAUGCAAUGAAAUUUAAAUUUGAUAUGAACAAUAUUUUUGUUAUCUCAUACAAAAACAGGAAGUACCUAUCAACUUGACCUGCCAUCUUUAUGAGGUAGGAUGAAUCAUUGAACCUUUAACAAGUGAAAUAAAUAAUCUUUGAAUCCAAUGUGGUCCCGAGGAAUUACUUCUCAAUUUAUAAUUUUAAUGAUAACUGGACAUUCACUUCAACUACUAUCACACCAGAUGACCUGGUACUCAUUUGAAUCUAAUGUCACCAUAUUUUUUGUCCACAUAGACAUUGUCAUUUAUCAGUCCUUAUACUUACACGGUGACUAUCCAGGCCCCGUAUAUUACGAGCAAGUUCCUACUGACAUCGUGAGCAAUGAGCUC